CACUAUAAAUAGAAAUUUGUUCGGUUAUUCAAAAUGGAGUUUAGCAAUGGCAUCAUUGGAAGCUUAUAAAUCACAAAUUACCGACGAAAUUCGCACCGAUGUUCUUACUAAAGCUCGAAUCUCUUGCUAUAAGGCAAGAGAUGCAUUCUACUCAUGCCUGGAGAACAAAUCAGACAAGAAGCCUACUGAGAUCGCGACUGUUGGGCUGUUAUACCCAGUUGAUUGCAAGAAAACUAGGCAGGAAUAUGUGAAACGAUGCCGACCCACUUGGGGGUUUAAUGCUUGGCCACAAAGGGGAGUGGCAAGUGAAUUUAUUGCUUUGAACAUUAAGAAACAUCCAAGCAAGAACAAGAGACUACUGAAUGUGCCGAAUCCCUAGAGAUAGGCCAUUUGAGGCUUAUAUCUAAGCACCUCUAUUGAGUAAUGCUUGAGUCGCAGCAUUAAGGUCUGACCCAAAUUGAGCAAGGGCGGCCACUUCGCGAUAUUGUGUCAAUUCCAGUUUUGAACUACCACAGACUUGUUUCAUAAUUUUCAACUGAGCGACAGACCCGACGCGACUGACAAAUAUGCCGACGCUAAUAGCAGGUCUAAUUCCGCGAUUAAAGAGAUCUGUUUUCAAACCGAUUUGUCCAUCGGUAAUGGGGAUCACAUUGGUGGAAAUAUAGGCCGAUACGUCUUCAGCUUGUGUUUCAAUGACGGGUAAGACGGUUAAGCUAACUGUGCCUAUCUGGUCCGAUCGUUUAGCCGCUCUUUCUAAGAAACGGGAAUAUGUUCAUUCUAUCUUUUAUUUUAUUAAAUUAUUUAAUUCUUGCCAAUUAAAUCAAAAUUUAUGUUUAACCAGGAAUGCAAUUAAUUAAUUGUCGAAUCCUUUGUAUUUACAUGUAUUUUUUAAAAUACUAUUUAACAAUUGCCUUUUUUUUUUAUUUGACUUAACAAGAAAGGUUAAAACACAAGUUGGCAUAUGUAUUAGUCAACC